GCAUUUCAUGAGCUUUUUUACAACAUUCUUUGUAUUUCUCUGCCAUAUUGAAUGUGUGUUUUCUAAAUUUCUCCCAUUGCAUGCUGUGUGUGAUGUGUACUCUAACCAUGUGCAGGACAACAAUGAUGUAUAUGGACAGACAGCUGAACAGGGCCCAGCCUACCAGAAACUGCAGAUGGAAAAACUACCUCACCACAGUCUUUACCGCUCUCCCUUUGUAAAUCUGUAAACGAUCCAUCACCAUCCUCCUCUCACACAAGUCAUAGUCGAAGUUUUACAUUAGACCGCUCCAAGUCGUCCCCAGCCUCCAUACAUCAGAGCUCACCACAAGAGGGUUCAUUCAGUUCAUCUCAGACCCAGGGAGAAACAAGUUCACAUUUAUCUGAUACACAGGGCAUGACUGAACACCACUCAACUGCUUUUGAAGGGUCUGAAUCAUCUAUAUCUUCAAAAGCCACCAGUUCCCUUCAGAAUCCUCAUUGUGGGCAGGUUGAUCCCAUUGAACCAAUGUCCCAACCUGUGAGUGAUACUACAUUGCCAAAUAACAGGGCAACAGACUAUAUAUUUCCACCCAUUCUUCCUACUCAGGAAAAAAUCUCUAGUACUGUGUCAGAGGACAAUGAAGUGACUGACCUUGUAAUCUGUGGAGAGUCGAAUGCAAAUAAAACAAAUGUUGGGGAAAGCAUCAUCUUACAAGAAAGUGAAGAAACUGAUACUCCCUUUAACAAUCUAAAUACAAAUUCCACAACUGAUGUUUGCAGCCAGGAAGUUGACAUGGCAGAAAUUAGCAGUUCACAAAAUCCUGAUCAGCUCCAGCAGAAAGAGCAAGGAAGCAUUGUACAGGACUCCUUAAACAGUCAAGAAGGUCAACUAUCUGAGUGGACCAUGCAUCACAAUGUUCCAGGACCAGACGGUACAACUGAGCAAACUCUUGAGAAGAAUAUGGAGGUGAGACCUGCCUCAGAGAGUCUGAUGGCCUCAGAAAGGGACCAGAUGGAGGUUGAAAAGAUUCCCUCACUAGCAGAUGCCCUGAAAGAGCUUCACAACCUACUGAUGUCCAAUGUUCAGGCUUGUGGGACAAGUCCUCCACCUGCCUCUCAUACCACCACGUCAUGUUCCAACAGCUAUGGAGUGAACAGAGAUCCAGCUAGGGAAGAUGAUGCCAGUUUAAACACAAAUAUUAAUUCAUCAUCCUCCACUGCCACUACUAGUAAAACCGUUUUUGCCAAAUCUGAACCUGACACUUUGGAAGAAGAUGACACUUCUGAAGAAAUGAGUGUAACAUCUCAAGGACAGGAAGACGACCGGACUGAAGGGUUUGAGAAUAUCACUCAACAAGCCGAGUCACAUUGUUCAGUUCUCUUUAAAGGGGGUGCUGUGGGUGAAAAUAGUGAAGGACUCAUGUCAGACAUGGAGGAAGCACCUCUAGUACAAGAUCAGCAGGUAGGACAGGCUGAAAAUGGCAUGAACCCGGAUCACAAGCCUCUCAAUUCAGCUGAACCAUUUGAGGAGCACCCCUCGUCUGUAGCAGCUGGCCUCACAGCAGACAGUUCUAACCUUGUGCAAGUAGAAUCUACUCAUUCUUCAACUGAAGGCUCGGAGCUGGCGCCUCAUCCCACUGCAGACUCCACCCAGCCUUCCACAGUAAACCUAACAGAACAAUAUCCUGCAGAGCACAUCCAGAGAAUACAAGCAGCAGGGUUCUCGGCUCAUGAGGCAACUGAGGCGCUUGAGCUAGCUGAAGGCAGUGUGGAACUUGCUUUACUGGUGCUGCUGGCCAGAAAGAUCACUGUGCCCAUCUAGAUCUGUUAUAGACAUCUAAUGAACGACAUGUUUCUGAGCCUUCCUUUUGGAUGCCAUUUGCCUUUACUUGGGCUUAGUUAGUUGCUAAAGGUCAUAGGUAAUCUUUGUAUAUUAGGGGCGCAAAUCUGAUUUUUUUUUUUUUUUUUAACCAAUAUCCAACUGACAUAGCUAUAAAACUCAUGUUCAUUAGAGUUAUACAAGGCACUAGAGUUACAGUUACACUAAAGUAGUACAGUCUCAUGAAUACAAAUGCAAUAAUUGAAGCAAGUUUGGCAUUUACAAUCCAUAUUUUAAACUGGUAUUUUAAAAAGGGUACAUGUAGUAGUCCAUUUAAAACCUUUUUUUCAUGUUUCUACCUGAAAUAGCCCAUUUGAAUAUAAAAUAACAGAUUCUGCCUGUAUUUACCACACAGAAGAAGUGCAAAAAUAGCAUGUUUGAUGGUGUUCUUUUUUUAAUAUUGACCCCUGGGGUGAAAUAUCCCAAUUACUCUUGUUUGGAAAAGCCAACAUAUUUACAUAUGCAUGGUUGACAAUGACUUUACAGUCUGACCAGUUACUCUAUACUGAUGCCAGUGUGUAACAUGUUAUUGUAACCUUGUGUGUGCAAUGAUGGCAUACAAUUAUAUCAUAUAAAUUAAACAGAAUUCUGCACAACA